AUGGCUCUUACUCUAAAGCCAGUAGAUGUUCCAUCCUUCUGUACAACUCAACUCCACCUCUUGGACCAAGAACUUCAAUCCGAGCUGUCCGAAACUUCGACCCUCAUAACUGGAACCUCACCCACUUCCCUUCAACGAGCUGGUCUUGCUAUUACAAAUCUCGUUUUGAUAUCUCAAAGAACGGGAUUGGGAGGAAAAACCGUUGUUGAGUUGGGUCCCGAUCCGGCAACUUCUAGUUCUGGCUCUGGAGCCAAAGGUAAAGGUGGUAGUGGGGGCUCGGGAGAAGGUGAAUUACAAGAACAUGGGAUACGGGUUGGCGAUAUUGUGGCGGUUAGUGAACAGCCCAGUGGAAGUGCAAAGAAGAGGGAAGUCAAAGAGUUAGAGGAGAAGGGGAGUAGAGGUGUGGUGACCAAAGUAGGGAGGAGUGCGGUGUGGGUUGCGCUAGAUGAGAAUGGGAAGGGCGAGGAGAAUGUUGGGGGUAUGAAAAGGUGUUGGGUGGUCAAGCUCGCAAAUGAUGUCACGUACAAAAGAAUGAAUGGUACCAUGGGAAAACUGGGGAAGAUGCAAGAAGCGGAAUAUUCGAAUUUCGUAAGGGUUUUGUUUGGAUUGUCAUCACCUUCGCCAGUUCUAGAAAAUCUGGAGGAUACGGGAAUUGAGUGGCUGGAUCCAAGUUUAAAUGAUAGUCAAAAGCAUGCCAUCAAAUUUGCACUUGCUUCGAGAGAGAUGGCUUUGAUUCAUGGGCCACCUGGAGUGAGUAUCCUAGUUUUCUUUUCUGGCAUUCGGCGAGUCAUUUCUAAGACUGGUAAAACCCAUACCUUGAUUGAGCUUAUUCUGCAGAUGCUCAAACAGAAUCUCAGAGUCUUGGUGUGUGGGCCAUCCAAUAUAUCCGUGGAUAAUAUUGUUGAGCGACUUGCACCACAUAAGGUACCUAUUGUACGCUUGGGUCAUCCAGCGAGACUUUUACCAUCAGUUGUCAAUCAUUCUCUUGAUGUCCUUACACAGACUUCAGAAGCGGGCUGCGAUUGUGCAAGAGUGGGCGGUUCCAAAGUCGUACUUGCAACCUUGCAUGGUGCUGGAGGAUUUCAACUGAGGGAUGAGAAAUUUGACGUUGUGAUCAUUGAUGAAGCUAGUCAAGCUUUGGAAGCUCAAUGUUGGGUAUCUUUGCUAUCAGCUAGUAAAGUUGUUCUUGCCGGAGAUCAUCUCCAGUUGCCCCCAACAAUCAAAUCACUAAAUUCCAAGACUAAAACGAAAUCACAAGACACAGAGACAGAGGGUAUCAUUAAGGGGAUGACUUUGGAGACCACUCUGUUUGAUCGAUUACUAAAAUUACAUGGCACUGGAAUCAAAGUCAUGCUUACUACACAAUACCGCAUGCAUGAAAAGAUCAUGAGAUUUCCCUCGGACGAGUUAUAUGAAUCAAAACUUGUCGCAGCUGAAGCAGUUAAGGCAAGACUUCUCACAGAACUACCUUAUGAUGUCGAGGAAACAGAGGAUACUAUUGAGCCCCUGAUAUUCUUCGACACUCAGGGUGGUGACUUCCCGGAAAAGAGCGAAGAGGAGAGUGUUGAUAAGAAAGCCGGCAAGGGAAUGUUAGGUGAAAGUAAAAGUAACGAAAUGGAAGCGGUUCUCGUGAGACGACAUGUCCAGAAUCUUGUCGAUGCUGGGUUGAAGCCAGAGGAUAUUGCAGUUGUAACGCCAUACAACGCUCAGCUCGCAUUAAUGUCUCGGUCGAUGAAGGAGGCCUUUCCCGGCAUCGAACUGGGCAGUGUUGAUGGGUUUCAAGGAAGGGAAAAAGAAGCAAUCAUUGUUUCCCUCGUUCGAAGUAACAGCGAACGCGAAGUGGGAUUUUUAGGAGAGAGGCGCAGAUUGAACGUCGCUAUGACCCGACCGCGACGCUCACUGACAAUCAUUGGUGAUUCGGAAACUGUCUCGAGGUAA